AUGCAAGAUGGACUCAUUUCCCGUGCGGGAGCAUCAAUUUGCAACGAUCCUUACCACGGCCAAAGUGCGGGAAACUUCAACAGCAGCGUAAGCGGAUCGGGUCAAUUUUCACCGUCGAAAUCUUGCGUCCACCUUCCCCGGCAACCGCCUUCACCGCAUCACAUAGCCAACGGAGGAUGUGAAUUUAAACUGUGCGGGUACGAUGGAACCGCGACGCAGCUAGUCGACGAAUGUGGAAAUUCGUCCAGCGCAGGAGGAAGCUCUCUCGGCAGCACUACAGGGAUGGCGGAUUUAUUUGGUGUGCUCGACUUGUGGAUAAGAUUGCGGUACGAUCUUACCACGCUUCCGUGGGAACAACUGAAAUCCAUCGAGUUAAAGAACCCCCGUGCUGCGCCCGGCUGUGCGUACAUUCCGACAAAGGUCGAACACAUCGCUAAUAUAAUCACACACGGGACAUGGGUAUUGCCGUCUGUAUGCGCUGGAUUUAUUCUUUAUGAACGAAGCCACACAUCCGCGCAAACGCUUGCCGCCAUCAUUUACGGAGUCGCCCUGACAAUGCUGUUCUUCGUUUCUACGUGUUUCCAUUGCGUUUGCUACUGCAAUCACAAUCGCCCGCUCAAGGAUGCGCUGCAUCGAUGCGAUCGUGCCAUGAUCUACAUUUUUAUCGCAGGCUCAUACUAUCCGUGGCUCAGUCUGGGACAUACGACUCAUCCACAGAUUGUGUCCGUUGUGAAAUGGUGUGUUUGGGUCCUGGCAGCCCUAGGAAUUAUCUACCAGCAGAUGUAUCACGAACGAUACAAGUGUUUGGAAACGUUCUUCUAUGUUGUUAUCGGUCUUGGUCCUUCAGUAGUGAUAGUCCUGUGGGGUCACGAGUUCACUGGAAUGUCCGAGCUAAAAUUCGGUGGUAUUCUGUACAUUAUUGGCAUUGUGUUCUUCAAAUCAGAUGGCCUUUUCCCUUUCGCCCACGCAAUCUGGCAUAUGUUUGUAGUAUUGGCCGCGUUCGUACACUACUUCGCCAUUAUCACGCAUCUGUUUCCCGUGUUGCCUGCUGCCGUUACUGUUGUCGAAGGAACGGUGGCUGGCUAA